AUGGAUAUCUUCACUUACGCUGGCAAGGUGAGGCUCCGCAGCGCCGCCCAUCACGCCAAAUACCUGGCCGCCGACUCCUCCAGCAAUGGCGCCGUCUUCCAGGCCCGGGGUUCCAACAAGCACGACGAUCCCUCCACAGUCUGGGAGGUGAAGAGGUUCCGCGACAGCCAGGCCACCCAAAUCCGGCUGAGGAGCAGCUAUGGCGGCUACUUGACGGGCUCGCACCACAACUUCCUCCUGGGAUGGACGGGCAAGAAGGUUGUGCAGACCAAUCCCACCAAGGCCGACGAUCUGUGCGAGUGGGAGCCCAUCCAGGAUCUGGCAAAGCACGGAACGCUGAUCAAGCUGAGAACACGGUACGGAACUUAUCUUCGUGCCAACGGUGGAGCUCCGCCGUGGAGGAACACCAUCACCCACGACUUUGAUCGCGACGACGAUGAGAAUUUUCUGUGGGAGGUGGAGAUCGUCCAGGAGAGGGACUACUCGGAUAUCCAGUUCUAG